AACUCUGUUUCUUAAUGUUACUUGCCAAUAUCCAGCUGUUGGCAAUCUAUGAACACAGAGUUGCUGUGCAAGGUUUCAUAUGGGGCAUCAACUCUUUCGACCAAUGGGGAGUUGAAUUGGGAAAGUCUCUAGCUACUCAAGUUAGAAAGCAACUUCAUGCAUCUCGUACCAAGGGAGAACCUGUUCAGGGCUUUAAUUGUAGCACCACAACGUUGCUAACAAGAUACCUAGAGGCAAGUUCGGAUGUCCCUUCCGAUCUUCCAACCCUUCUACCACGGAUAUAGUUGCCUGGAUUUAACAUCGGCUUCCAAAGUCGGCUUUACUUUAAUUUAUCGUAUUUGUGCUUGCGAUUUUCUCAAUGUUGAGCAUAUAUUUGAUAUCCCAUGUACUUAAAUUUGGGAUGUUUUGUUUGGACAAAACUUUUGGGAAGGAAUCCUACAGAGUGUUCUCAAACGUUGCUCAACCGGCACUAGGUUUGUGAAAGAGGCCCAAUAAUCUAGAAUGCUCCAUUCUAUUGGAAACAUUCUUGUAUUGUAGACUGCCCAAUGUAUCAAAUAAUCAAAAUAAACAGUGCCUUUUAACAUUUCUUGCGUUUUUUAGUAAAUGCACACUGCUUGUCCUCUA